CCCAUGUGUGCUGAAAACGCUAGUUUGGAGUGUGGUACCUGUUGUAGGCGCUCCUGACUGGAGUCAGCUCCCGCGUCCCGGUCGGGUCCCUCAUCCUCCGAGGACUGCUUUGGAGGACCCAGACCUGCGGCUGGCUCUGCUUCCCGCCAAGCCGUGCUCAUGGAGUCCACGUUCAGCAGCCCGGCGGAGGCGGCGCUGCAGCGGGAGGCGGGCGCCGGGGGGCCGCGUACCCCUCUGGAGGACCUGAGCCGCGUGUACGAGCUGGAGCGCAUCGCUGAAUUUGUCCAGGGCCUGGGGUGCCAGCGGGUGGCCCUGCAGUUCCCCGACCAGCUGUUGGGAGAUGCUGGAGCCGUCGCCGCACGACUGGAGGAGAUCACGGGGUCCAAGAUGUUCAUUCUGGGGGACACGACCUAUGGCAGCUGCUGCGUGGAUGUUCUGGGCGCCGAGCAAGCCGGAGUGCAGGCCUUGGUCCAUUUUGGUCCUGCCUGCUUGAGUCCGCCAGCGCGACCACUCCCUGUGGCCUUUGUUCUUGGUCAUCGAUCUGUGGCCCUGGAGCUCUGUGCUCAGGCCUUUGAGGCCCUGCACCCCGAGCGCAGUGCACCUGUCGUGCUGCUGAGUGAGCCAGCUUGCGCCCAUGCCCUGGAGCCCUUGGCUGCUCUCCUGCGCCCUCAGUACCCAGACCUGCUUGUCUCCAGCCCGGCCCUUCCCCUGCCAAAGGACUCCCUCCAGGCAGAGCCCCCGCCUAUGGAGUGUUUGGGGCGCCGCUUCCCCCUGGCCCCAGGGCGCCGUCUGGAAGAGUAUGGCGCCUUCUACGUGGGAGGCUCCGAGGCCAGUUCCAGCCCUGACCUGGACCCAGACCUGAGCCGGCUGCUGUUGGCCUGGGCCCCGGGACGGCCCUUCUUUUCUUGCUGUCCAGAGACUGGCCGGACUCAGGAUGAAAGUACCCGUGCUGGGCGGCUCAAGGCACGUCGCCACUAUCUAGUGGAGAGGGCCCGUGAUGCCCGUGUGGUGGGGCUGUUGGCGGGCACGAUGGGUGUGGCCCGGCACCAGGAGGCCCUGGCACACCUUCGGACCCUCACCCAGGCUGCUGGCAAGCGGAGCUACGUGCUGGCCCUCGGGAGGCCCACUCCUGCCAAACUGGCCAACUUCCCGGAGGUGGAUGUCUUCGUGCUCUUGGCCUGUCCUCUGGGGGCCCUAGCCCCCCAAACUUCUGGUAGCUUCUUCCGGCCCGUACUGACGCCAUGUGAGCUGGAGGCAGCCUGCAACCCUGCCUGGCCCCCGCCGGGCCUGGCUCCGCACCUAACCCAUUACGCCGACUUGCUGCCUGGCUCCCCCUUCCACGUGCCCCUCCCACCCCCCGACUCGGAGCUGUGGGACAGCCCAGAUGUGUCGCUCAUCACUGGGGAGCUGCGACCCCCCUCUUCGUGGAAGUCAUCAGAUGAGCCCGGAGGCUCGGCCCUGACCCCACGGCCGCAGCUGGAGCUGACGGAGAGCAGCCCCGCAGCCUCCUUCCUUAGCGCCCGGAGCUGGCAAGGCCUGCAGCCCCGCCUGGGCCAGACGCCGGUGACAGGAGCUGUGAGCGGAAGACGUGGGAUUGCCAUCGCUUAUGAGGAUGAGGGGAGCAGCGGAUAGUUUGGGGACAGAGCUGCACAUGGACGUAGCACAGCCAACACCUGCUCUGUCCCCCCACCCCCUAAGCAUUCUGCUCCUCAGGGAGCCUGGGCAGAGCAGGACACCAUCCGGGCACACGGCGUGGCACCGACUGGCUUAAUAAAUGCCUGUGGUGGGCUGCUGUGGCCUAACUUAGGACUUCUAAAGCCUUUUGGGCCCGUUGGUCCUCCUGGGAACAGCAACCACCUCUGCUGAUCCCAGUUCCUGUGUAGCAGGCCUGCACUGUGUGCACUUGGAGAUCUCAGCACGGGGCCAGCAACCCGCUGAAGCCAGCUUGUUUUUGAUUGUGCCGGCUGCCCGGGGCAUGCAGGAUAGAUACCUGGCAUCAUCCUCUGGUUUUUGCUGAGCAGAUGCUCGUCAUGUGGCCCUUCCCAGUGGUGAAAACUGAAAUUGUCUCUGGACAUUGACAGAUGUCCUAUGGGGGCAGAACGACCCCCACUUGAGAACCAGGGAGUUAGGCUGGUGCUGCUCAGCGCCACUGUCACUCAGUGCUGUGGCUGUUUGAACGGAAGCAGGAGUCAGGUGGGAACGCCUGUUUCUCAGUCACAUUGGUAGUGGCCCUGGAGGGUACACUGCUAGUGGCCCCCGGAGAGUACAGUGUAGUUCUGAGCUUCUCCCUAGCUCCUCCUGGGACACUGCAGCUCUGCACCAACCCUGACCUCUGUCCUCAGGGAGACGGCACAGAAACUUGAAUAAACCAGAUGCUUUUCUC